UGCUGAGAUAACAGGCAUGAGCCACUGCGCCUGGCAAGGUCAUGCUUUUUGAUGCUGGGCAGUUCUUUGACUUCUGACCUGGCCACUUGCUAGCUGUGUGAACUUUGGACACAUUUCUUAAUCUUUGAAUGUUGGUAAGUUGGGGAUGGAAUGAUACUGUCCCAUACAGCUGUUAUAAGGGUUAAACAGUUCAAGCGAUGCAAAGAGCUGAGCACGGUGCCUGGCUCAUAGUAAGUGUCCACCAAGUGAUAGCUACUGGGGCUGCUGCUGUUAUUAUUAUGGUUAACAGGUGGUUAACGAAUAAAGAGAUGUAUUAUGUAAAAUUAUCAGAAUCUGGCAAAUAGCUGAUAAGGCAAUGAGGAAGAGGUUUUUUGUUUUUUGUUUUUGAGCCAGGGUCUCGCUCUGUCGCCCAGGCUGGAGUGCAGUGGCGCGAUCUCAGCUCACUGCAACCUCUGCCUCCCAGGUUCAAGCGAUUCUUCUGCCUCAGCCUCCCGAGUAGCUGGGAUUACAGGCAUGUGCCACCACACCCCGCUAAUUUUUGUGUUUUUAGCAGAGACCAGGUUUCACCACAUCGGCCAGGUUGGUCUCGAACUCCUGACCUGAAGUGAUCUGCCUACUUCAGCCUCCGAAAGUGCUGGGAUUGCAUGGUUCGCUCCCAGGACCCCGGGCAGCGGCGGGUGCUGGACCGGGCAGCCCGGCAGCGUCGCAUCAACCGGCAGCUGGAGGCCCUGGAGAAUGACAACUUCCAGGAUGACCCCCAUGCAGGACUCCCUCAGCUCGGCAAGAGGCUGCCUCAGUUUGAUGAUGAUGCGGACACUGGAAAGAAAAAGAAGAAAACCCGAGGUGAUCAUUUUAAACUUCGCUUCCGAAAAAACUUUCAGGCCCUGCUGGAGGAGCAGAACUUGAGUGUGGCCGAGGGUCCCAACUACCUGACGGCCUGUGCGGGGCCCCCAUCGCGGCCCCAGCGCCCCUUCUGUGCUGUCUGCGGCUUCCCUUCCCCCUACACCUGUGUCAGCUGCGGUGCCCGGUACUGCACCGUGCGCUGUCUGGGGACCCACCAGGAGACCAGGUGUCUGAAGUGGACUGUGUGAGCCUGGGCAUUCCCAGAGAGGAAGUGCCGCUGUGCACUGCCCGGCCUUCAGAAAGACAGAGUUUCAUCACCCAGUGGAGGGGGAGCUCUUCCUGGACCGAGGGAGAAGCCGCUCAUUCACCCAAUGAAACUGUGUCUUAUCUGCCAGGAAAGACCAACCUCACUCCUGGGAACUGUCUGGCAGGUAGGCUGGGCCCCCAGUGCUGUUAGAAUAAAGAGCCUCGUGCCGGAA